AUGAAGCUGCUUUUGAUCUUCAGCGCCCUCCUCGGGGCUUCCCUGUGCCUGGAAACCUUCAUCGGGCACCAGGUUCUCCGAAUCAAGACCAAAAAUGAGGAGCAGGUCAAGCAGCUGCAGCUUCUGGAAUCGCUGGAGCACCUGGAGCUGGAUUUCUGGAUCAGCCCCUCUGCCCGCGCCCUCCCCGUGGAUGUGAGGAUUCCUGCUGUCAGUGUGCAGUCAGUGAAAGCUUUCCUGGAAUCCCAGGGCAUUGAAUAUUCCAUCCUGAUCGAGGACCUGCAGGAUGUUCUGGAUCAAGAACAGCGGGACAUGGCUGAGAGUGCCCAAAGGCAGCGCAGCAGCAGCUUUGACUUUGGUGCUUACCACACUCUGGAUGAUAUCAACGAGGAGCUGGACCACCUUGCAUCCGAGUACAGCUUCGUGGAAAAAAUCCAGAUCGGCGAAUCCUACGAGAAACGCCCUCUGUACGUCCUGAAGUUCAGCACGGGAGGCUCCAACCGCCCGGCCAUCUGGCUCGACGCCGGCAUCCAUUCCCGCGAGUGGGUGACGCAGGCCAGCGCCCUGUGGAUCGCCAACAAGAUUGCCUCUGACUAUGGAACAGAUGAUUCCGUCACCUCCCUCCUGGACAAGAUGGAUCUUUUCCUGCUGCCUGUGGCCAACCCUGAUGGAUUUGUGUACACUCACACCUCGAACCGCAUGUGGAGGAAAACGCGCUCCAAGAACCCCGGCAGCGUCUGCGUCGGAGUGGAUCCCAACAGGAACUGGGAUGCAGGUUUUGGAGGUCCUGGAGCCAGCAGCAAUCCCUGCUCCGAGUCCUACCGCGGGCCCAGCGCCAACUCCGAGGUGGAGGUGAAAUCUGUGGUUGAUUUCAUCAAAAAUCACGGGAACUUCAAGGCCUUCCUGACCCUCCACAGCUAUUCCCAGCUCCUGAUGUAUCCCUAUGGAUACAAAUGCACCAGGCCUGAUGAUUAUGCUGAGCUGGAAUCUCUGGGAAGAGCUGCUGCCAGCUCCAUCCGCUCCCUCUACGGCACCACCUUCCAAGUGGGCACCAUUUGCAGCACCAUCUACCAGGCCAGUGGAGGCAGCAUUGACUGGAGCUAUGACAAUGGCAUCAAAUAUUCCUUUGCCUUCGAGCUGAGGGACACGGGGCGCUACGGAUUCCUGCUGCCCGCCAACCAGAUCCUCCCUGCUGCCAAGGAGACCUGGCUGGGGCUCAAGAGGAUCAUGGAGCACGUCAGGGACAAGUCCUCCUGAGAGCUGGGCUGGAGUCAGCUCUG